AUGAACUGUGCUUUAAUACUGGCACAUCUAAUAGUAGUAUCAAUAUUAGAGCUAGUAUCUACUCACAAAAUAUAAAUCGGAUAGUCCAAAUAAAGAAUUAAUUAUACAAUCAUGGAAUAUAUCCUCAAUCAAACCAGAUACUCUUAACGAAGCUAAAUAAACAGUAGCACAUAAAUUAGGUUAAGAGGAUACAAGAAACUGAAUUGCUAAUUCACCUUCAUAUACCUUUCAUAAAAAAUUUAGAAGUCCGUUCUUGAAUAUUUCCUUCCAAACAACACCAGUUGUUUCUUUGAUCUUACUUUUCUUAUUUCCUCAUAAUUCACUUACUAAAGUAUCUUUGCGAACUUCUUUUUAUUAUUUUAUGCCAUUUAUCCUAAUUCUUUUAAAAUGAUUGGAUCUAUUAUUCCUAUUACUUAGAGUCUAUUCUUUCUAUUCCUUAUUUUUUUCGAAUAUGGAUGUAGGAUUUUAUAAGAAGAAAGAGCUUAUGAUUUCAUCCUUCUUCUUUCAGUGUUACUAUGUUCUACUCUUUUUGUUUUAUUACAUACUCUAAUUCAAUUUUAUAGGUAUGAGAUUAAUUUACGUUAGUUUUAUCUUCUUUUUGUAUUAACUUUCAAAAUUUAUUCUUAUUGA